UGCGCUGGGGCGCCCGAUCCCCUCCGCAGCCGGGACGCGCGGAACUCCAGGCAGGAGUCGGCUCUUCCGAGCCUUCUCCCUCCCUUCCCCUUCCCUGCCCCCUCCCCCCACCCCCCGACUCGGGCUCGGAGCGGCGGCCGGAGGAACCCCGAGCCCCCACCCAGGCCCCUGAGCUGGAGGGAUGGAGAACUCCUCGGCAGCAUCAGCCUCCUCUGAGGCGGGGAGCAGCCGCUCCCAGGAGAUUGAGGAGCUAGAGCGCUUCAUCGACAGCUACGUGCUUGAGUACCAGGUGCAGGGGCUGCUGACUGACAAGACGGAGGGCGACGGGGAGAGUGAGAAGACGCAGUCCCACAUCUCUCAGUGGACAGCAGACUGCAGUGAGCAGCUGGACAGCAGCUGUUCCUUCUCGCGAGGGCGAGCCCCCCUACAGCAGAACGGCAGCAAGGACAACUCGCUGGACAUGCUGGGCACGGAUAUCUGGGCCGCUAACGCCUUUGAUUCCUUCAGUGGUGCCACCUGGGACCUGCAGCCCGAAAAGCUGGACUUCACCCAGUUCCACAGGAAGCUGCGACACACGCCCAAGCAGCCCCUGCCACACAUCGACCGUGAAGGGUGUGGAAAAGGGAAGCUGGAAGAUGGGGAUGGGAUCAACCUGAAUGACAUCGAGAAGGUCCUCCCAGCCUGGCAGGGCUACCACCCAAUGCCCCAUGAAGUGGAGAUCGCGCACACCAAGAAGUUGUUCCGGAGGAGGAGAAACGAUCGAAGACGGCAGCAGAGACCUCCAGGAGGAAACAAGCCCCAACAGCAUGGUGACCACCAGGCGGGCAGUGCCAAACACAACAGGGACCACCAGAAAUCCUACCAGGGGGGCUCAGCGCCCCACUCCUCAGGGAGGCCCACCCAUCACGGCUACAGCCAGAACCGGCGCUGGCACCACAGCAAUAUGAAGCACCCACCUGGCGACAAGGGGGAGUCAGGCGCCCACCGCAAUGCCAAAGAGACGGUGGCCAUGGAGAGCCCCAAACUCGAGGACGCCCUUGGGGACACCGGGCACAGCGGCCUCGAGCCCCCCCGCAGCCCUGAUGCCCUGGCCCCAGUGGCUUCUGAGAGGCUGCCCCCACAGCAGCCAGGGGGUCCAGAGGCCGAGGCAAGACGUAAAGACAGUAUUAUUCCCGAGCGCAUGGGGGAGCGGCCCAAAAUUACCCUGCUCCAGUCUUCCAAAGACAGGCUGCGGCGAAGGCUGAAAGAAAAGGUACCGGAUGAAGUGGCGGUGGAGACCACUAACCCUCAGCAGAACAAGAUGGACAAGCUUAUUGAGAUCCUGAACAGCAUGCGGAACAACAGCAGCGACGUGGAUGCCAAGCUCACCACCUUCAUGGAGGAGGCCCAGAACUCGACCAACUCCGAGGAGAUGCUGGGGGAGAUCGUCCGGACCAUCUACCAGAAGGCCGUGUCCGACCGCAGCUUCGCCUUCACCGCGGCCAAGCUCUGCGACAAGAUGGCGCUCUUCAUGGUGGAGGGGACCAAGUUCCGGAGCCUGCUCCUCAACAUGCUUCAGAAGGACUUCACGGUGCGGGAGGAGCUGCAGCAGCAGGACGUGGAGCGCUGGCUGGGCUUCAUCACCUUCCUGUGCGAGGUGUUCGGCACCAUGCGCAGCAGCACGGGCGAGCCCUUCCGCGUGCUCGUCUGCCCCAUCUACACCUGCCUCAGGGAGCUCCUGCAAUCUCAGGAUGUGAAGGAAGACGCCGUCCUGUGCUGCUCGAUGGAGCUGCAGAGCACAGGCCGGCUGCUGGAGGAGCAGCUGCCAGAGAUGAUGACCGAGCUCCUGGCCAGCGCCCGUGACAAGAUGCUAUGCCCCUCGGAGUCGAUGCUGACCCGGUCACUACUCCUAGAGGUCAUCGAGCUCCAUGCCAACAGCUGGAACCCUCUGACGCCCCCCAUCACGCAGUACUACAACAGAACCAUCCAGAAACUGACAGCCUGACAGCCAGGGGGCCUGGCGGGCGGCCCGCGGGCAGCUGGGGCCCUGGUGCACAGGGCCAGAUGGACAGGCGGGAGGACAGGGGUGGCCCUGGCGGGAGAAAGAAAUGGGGAGGAAGGCAGGCAGAGCCGGCGGCCAGUCUGGAGCCAGACGGGGAAGGGAUCAAAUCCCUAGGAGGCACGCCCCCCGACCGAGCCCCCCCAGCCCCGAGCAUGCGGCAGCUCACACCAAUAAGGGAAGCAUGUGUCUUUUUCCUGGUGGCCCCGGCCCUCACCCCUCCUUACUCCCUCUCCUCCCCAUCCCCUCCCAUCAAACGCGUCCCCCGCAGGGCUUUGUGUAAGGGUUUCAUCUCCGUGACUCCUCCGAGGCCUCGGCAGCCCUGCGCGCCAGGAUACCGCUUGGGUCAGAAAGGACCUCAGAAGGCUGAAAAAGUGGGUCAGAGACGGGCUUGCAUUGUUCCCGCAUGCUGUCAGCCGCAGUCGCCAACUGGCAGCAGGGGACGUGUAGCAGAUGUCCAGGAGGACAAAGGCAGGCACGGUCCCCACCAGCCGCCCGUAAUUGACGGCCUUUGUCCGCCACGGUCGAGCUGGGGGACAGGGGCUGUCUCCUCUAACCUUCACGCUCCACCCUCCCUACUUCCAGUUCCUCCUUGCUCAGCCCCCACGCUCAGGCCUCGGGGGUCGGGAGCAGAGAGGGGAGCUGGAGUUUGCAGUUCUACUGGCCCUCUUUUGUUUUGUUUUAUUUUUCCCGAAGUCAGCUGCUUUGAAGUCUCCUGUCUCGGUGAAAAGAGCCUGCAGUGUGAUCACAGUCAGCCCCACGAGGACCCCCUGAUUAGUGGGAGAUCAAACCCAGCCCCCUCUGGAAGGAUUCUAGCCACAGACAGCUUGCCAGUAGCCAAUUAGAGUAAUUGGAAACUUGUGCCCCAGCAGGGGUCCCCGCUGGAACCCCUGCUCCUCACCCCCUGGCUUCUUGGACCUCUGUUCUCUCUUCUUCUAACUUCGCUCUCAAAGGGCUGAUACCGUCGCCGCUGGGAGUGCACUAAACCCUGUCCUGGCCCAGCGCCUUCUGGUGAACUGGGCACAGAACGGGGCUGGCAAAUUAGAACCAAAACACUAGGUGAUGUUUCCUGCUCCACACACGGGUCUUGUCCCAAGCUCUUACUAGGGCGAGGGGGGGGGGGGGCUGCCUGGAUCCCCAGGGCUUGGAGUUUAGCUAAAUGGGCUGUGUCGCUGCCCUAGCCUCGUCACAGGCGGGAUCUAGAAGCCCAGACCUCCCACAAGGUCUCCCAAGGUCUGUGCCCCAGGAGGGCUCUGAACACUGCAGCCCCAGGGCUGUCGGGAAAGGGUGCAUUCACUGAGUCGUGAGCAGGCUCUCAGGUGACCCGGCUGGCCACCAGCUUUCCAGGCUGAGAACGAAGCUGGGGUUUCUUGGAAGGGCCAGGUCCUUCCUGGGGGAGCAGCCCCUUCUCAGAUGGCUAGAGAGGAGGAUGCAGGGCGGUCCCUGGGAGGCUGGCUUUGGGUUGUCACUGGCGUCUGCACAGCCCCAUCUCCAGGUCUGGAGCCCCCACUUUGAUGACCCCCCCCGGAAAAUGACCUCAGAGCCCAGCAGCUUCCUUGUUUGUUCCUUUGUUGAGGCCAGUCACUCUCUGGGUCACCUUGGAGGCCCCCCUGGCUGCUUGGCCAGUCCAGUCAGGCUGGCCAGCAGGUGAAGGCUGGAGGAGGUUUCCCUUUGGUGACCCUGAGUCUGGGAGACUGGGCAGUGGGGCAUGGGGAGCAGGUUCCUCAGUCUCGCCUGGCUCUCCCCAUCAGCUGCAACCUGCCUUCCAGGCCCAGAGCAGCAGCCUAUGCCA